AAAGUCCAAGCAAAGAAGACGACACAAAAUGGCUGACGUACUGGGUGGUGUAUGGCGUCUUCAGCCUCGGAGAGUUCUUCUCCGAUAUUUUCCUCUAUUGGUUCCCAUUCUACUACGCUUUUAAGUGUCUUUUCCUGUUGUGGUGCAUGGCUCCUAUCUCGUGGAAUGGCUCCCAGGUCAUCUACAACAAAGUGAUUCGGCCCAUCUUCCUCCGCUAUGAGGCUGUGGUGGACGACAUGGUGAAUGACAUCGGCGGGAGGGCGAUGAGUGCUGCUGAGAACAUCACCAGAGAAGUCCUGUGCACUCUGAUGAAGAAUAAUGCUGUGGUAUCGCUGACACCCGCUCAGCCUGAAACCAAAAGUUUACCGAGUUCAUCAACAGCUACAGUAGCUCCUUCAGAUUCAAAAGAAGAACAACCAUCCUUCAGAUAGCAGCAGAGAAAGAGGAGCAGAGGGCCAAGACUGGUCUGUUCAGCCUGACAUAUCCCAACAAGAGGAAUAUUCCCUUUCAAGGAGACUGAUUUCCUUUUUAUAUGAGAUAUGUCAUAUACUAUUCUUUACUGCAAAAACUCUGCAGUCAGACUCUUACGUUGUUUUAAUUGUAUUUAUAUAUGAAUGGUUUUUGGGGGUCAGUUGAAUGAUUUUUAUAGAUACAAAGCACCUGAAUGCAACAAAGUAACAAUUACA